AAAUGUGAUGAAGGCUGGUAUGGUGAAGCUUGUCAGUAUCCAACUACUUGCAAUCUUACGCGGAAGAAAAGCAAUGAAAUGUGCAAGAAUUCUCAAGAUAUCAUCUGUUCUGGUGCAGGCACAUGUCAGUGUGGCAGGUGUAAAUGUGCAAACUCAGAAGGAAAUGGACUGGUCUAUGGUAAAUUUUGUGAAUGUGAUGACAGAGAAUGCAUAGAUGAUGAGACAGAAGAGAUUUGUACAGGCCAUGGAAAGUGUUACUGUGGAAACUGUUACUGUGAGGCUGGUUGGCAUGGAGAUAAAUGUGAAUUCCAGUGUGACAUCACCCCCUGGGAGAUCAAGAAAAGAUGCACAUCUCCAGAUGGCAAAAUCUGCAGCAACAGAGGCACAUGUGUAUGUGGGGAAUGCACAUGCCAUGAUGUGGACCCAACUGGUGAUUGGGGAGAUAUUCAUGGAGAUACUUGUGAGUGUGAUGAAAGAAACUGCAAAGCAGUGUACGAUAGAUAUUCUGAUGACUUCUGUUCAGGUCAUGGACAGUGUAAUUGUGGAAGGUGUGACUGUAAAGAAGGAUGGACUGGGAAGAAGUGUGAACAUCCACGUUCUUGUCCAUUGUCAGUUGAGGAAAGUGCUAAGAAAUGCCAAGGAAAUUCUAAUUUACCUUGCUCUGGAAGAGGGAGAUGUGAAUGUGGCCAAUGCACUUGUUUCCCUCCAGGAGACAACAGAGUUUAUGGCAAAAACUGUGAAUGUGAUGACCGACAGUGUGAAAAUGCAGACGGCGAUGUCUGUGGGGAUCCUGAAGCUUUAUUUUCUUUGACCAUCCAGUGUUCAUCUCUGCUUCUGAUCCACCUGCCUCAAGAGGUCACCCCCCACCCUAGUAACUUAAGGCAGCACCUAUUCAUGUGCCAUGGUGUCUGCUCGUGCGGCCGAUGCAUUUGCCAGGAUGGGUGGUUUGGAAAGUUGUGCCAGCAUUCAAGGAAGUGCAACAUGACAGAGGAAGAGAGCAGAAGUCUUUGCGAGUCGGCGGAUGGCAUAUUAUGUUCGGGGAAGGGUUCCUGCCACUGCGGAAAGUGCAUCUGUUCACCACAGGAAUGGUACAUUUCGGGCGAUUUCUGUGAAUGCGAUGACAGAGACUGUGACAAACACGACGGUCUCAUUUGCACAGGCAAUGGUGUUUGUAACUGUGGAAACUGUGAGUGCUGGGAAGGAUGGAAUGGAAAUGCUUGUGAAAUCUGGCUGGGGAGAGAAUACCCUUAACAAAGGACAUCAAAGAAUGAGGAGGUUUUUUGUUUAUUUUUCUUUAGGCUGCUAGAACAUUUAAUUUCAGAGGUACUCAGUGUGUGGGUGUGCAUGCACGCACACGUACAUGGGUGUAAAUACUUUAGAACGCUCGUUUGAGGGCCUGCUCCUUACAGAAAUGCAUGACAAAACUAAAAGAAAAAAAAUGAAAAAUGCUUUGGGAGCAGGACAGUCCAAGCUCAAAAAGGUAAAGUCAUAAAAUACCGGCCCUGUGGAACUUCUCCAGAGUUUUUUGAGAAAUUCAAUGGGACUGAGAUUACAUCCAUAACGCCUAUUUCUUAAGCAACUUUUGGAAAAGGUGUAAGAAAGCCUUUUUUUUUUUUUUAACAUUAUUUGCUUGGUUGUCACCUCUCCAUAUCAGUACGCAACAAUAUUCCUGUAGAAGAGUAGCACUAGUUGAAUAUUUGCCAAAUUAUUAAUUUGAUUAUUUUUAUGGUGUUUGACAAAUACAUUGUUUGGCCCUUUUUUCUUUCUAAAACUCCCUAUUAGGCACCAGCUCAUAAAUUGAGAGAAGCUGUAAAGAAGCUUAUAAAAAUAUU